GCACCGCAGCCACCUUGAAAUCUACAGAAAGUCCAUGUUGCAGAUUCACUUAAUUGUAUUAAGUCUUGGCCCAUGAACUAUGUCUGGGAUGGAGCCGACAGCUAAAGGACGGACUGAAAAAAGUUUCAGCUACGUUGUCAGAGCCCCCAGCAGCGAUGGGUUUGAUAUAAUGAACGUCGAUGUGAAGAUCGACACGUCCUGGAUCUUCCAGGAUGUAGAGGAGACUGGUGAGGAGCCGGGAUGUCUUCCAGAAGAAGCAGCUAGAAGCCCAGACAUGGACACAGGAACACUCAGGAAGCAACUGGAAUCCUCAGAACAGAAGCUGUUGGUAGCUGUGGACAAGUACGUGAUGUCGGAGUCUGGACUGAGGAGCAGAAUUCAGGAGCUGGAGCUGUCGGAGAGGAAACUCCUCCAGAAGGUGGACCAGCUGAGCGCCCUCGUGUUCCAGGAGAGAAGUGCCUCUCUUCGGGCCCAGGAGCAGCUGGAGGCGCUGCAGGGGGAGCUCGCCAGCCAGGUUCAGGAGAAGGAGCGCGCGGCCCGGCGGCAGCGGUGGCGGCUGCGGCGGCUGAGGGAGCGGCUGCGGCGCAAAGACGAGGCGCUGGGGCUGCAGGCGGCGGCCCUGGAGCGCGGCCGGCGGCUCCAGCGGCGCCAGCUGCGACUGGUGCGCGAGCAGGAGCGCAUCCUGCGAGCGCAGGUGCAGCGGCUGGAGUUGGACGUGCGGCGCCUCUGCCACGCCGCGGGCCUCCUGCUGGCCGAACUGGACGCCCCGAACCAGGGUGGCCCCCGACCCCCGGGCCCGACCAGUCCCCGAGGCGCUCCCGAGGAGGCCGCGGAGCCGCGCGCGCUGCGGGCCAGGGCCGAGCGCGGCGAGCGCGAGCGGGACCAGGCGGCGCGCCGGCUGCGGGAGCAGCGCGCCACCGAGCGGCUGCUCCGCGGGCAGCUGGAGGAACUGCGCUGCUGCAUCUAUGGGCUGAAGCUGUCGGAGAUCGGCCUGCAGGGCCAGGUGGAGGAGCUCGCCCAGCAAAACAGGUGCCUUCGAGAGGAGCUGGGAGCCCAGGCCCCCCGAGACAGAGCGCUCAGCACGGCUCCUGCUGGUCACGGUAGCCUGGAGGCCCUGGGCUGUGUUCAGGAUGAAUCGCUGCCCCUGCCCUGGGAGGAGGCUCCGGAUGCCUGCGGAAACCGAGGCCCUGACGGGGCCCCUGGACCAAGGGGCUCGGCAGGCCAGCCCUCCGAGGGGCCCCGCGCCUGGGACUGCAUCGGGGCUGGACAAAGCACUGCUGUCUUGAUCCCAGGCCCGGAGACCACGGACAAGCUCCCAGGAGACCUCGCAGGAUCUGCCCGUGGACAGUUUACUCCGGCUGAGCCCAGCUUGGGCGAACAGACUCUCCUUCUCAUCUGUGGCUGCCCCCCGGGGCAGGACAUGGACGGCUCACUCCUCCCGGUGGAGCUGGCCUGGAUUUCAGAGCAGAACCUAGCAGCCACCCUGGCCCAGGUGUCCUUCCUCCCAAUGCAGACAUGCACACGCCCUCCCUGGGGGCAGGCUGGGGACUCGGCUCCCCUGCCACUCCUGCAGCUGCUCCUGGAAGAUUCCCCAGAAGAACUGCAAGCCCAACAGGUGCUGGAGGCUAGGCCCCCGCCUGCUUCCUCCGCUGCAGGACACCCCAGCCGGGAUAAUCGCCCGGCAAGGAGCCACGAUGCCUCCCUCUGCCGGGAGUCCCCAUGCAUUUCAAAUCACCGAUUUCCCAGGAGAGGCCCCAAGGACCUAAAAGACUCUUGCAAGGAGGGAGGAGGAACCCCAGGACGGAGACCGGAGAUGCGGGAGGCGAGGAGGACCAGCGGCAGGAAGGAGGACGACCUCGGUGCCAGGGCUCAGUCAAGUCAGGAAAGCCGUGAGAACCUGAGCCUGGAGGCUGGUGUCUGGGCCCCAGAGGGUGUAUGGAAUGAGCACGGGGCUUCCGAACCCCCGGCUGCAACCUCCUGCCCUGGGCCCAGGCGGGAGCUUCCACUGCCCCUUCUUCAGGGGGAGGCCUCAGUGUCAACGGAGGGUCCUGAAUCCCUGAGCAGGAGGGGGUUGGGGGGAAGGCAUGUCUGGAGCCCCCAAGAAGGAGGAGAAGGGGGAGAAGGGGGAGGAGGGCUUUCAUCAUCAGAGGAGGAAGAGGCCCCCACAGCCGCCUUCUCCAGGGCCCACGGCACCAAUGGGCCGCCUCCGGCAGGUGCUCCAACCCUUGCAGAGCAGGGCAGAGCCGUCAGGAGAGUUCUGGGCAAGGAGGAAGAUUGCGUGUGGUCUGGAAAUGCUCUGCUUCUCCCAGAGGAAAGCCCUGAGGACAAAGGACAGGAAGAGGAGGAGGAAUUGUCGCAUCUCCACAGGUCCAGCCCGGGCCACAGGGAUGUCCGGGAGGAGCCUAGCUCCGAGGACUGUGAAGCCAAGGAAAUGCUUUUCCUACUGCAGGAGGGAGGUUUGCCACCGUCUCCUGGAUUGGCUUUAUGGCCCGAGGGGGCCCGCCCUACCAGUCAUCCCCGGGCUCCGAGCAAAGGCUGUGAGGGAUCUGCGUUAAAAAUAGAGGAAUUUGAAGAGGAGAUGGAGGCUUGUUUCCAGCAGCUCUCCAUCCUGAAGCCUGGGAGUGGGGGGCAUGGCCGGAAAGCUUCCUCGUUGGCAGGAGAGAACUGGAGCUUUGCUCGGAGAUGGUACAGCUGCCAGGAGGACGCGUAUCCUCAGCAGGCUUUGGCAAACCAGGAUCUCGAUAUUUGUUAUGCCAAGGAAGCGAACCCCGAGGAGCCUGAUGAAGACGUUAAGCGGGGAGAGAAUGAGGCCGUAGGCACCGGCGAAGUUCUUCCAGGGCCGGUGCUGGAUUUGGUCAGCCUGAGCCCGGGCCCGCCAGAGGGGCCCUCUGAGUGGGGUCGGAACCAGCUCUCUCAGCAGCCGAGAGCCCUUGAGAGAGCGAGGACGAGGUUUCGUCAGCUCAUUUCUGGAUUGAAGACGGAGAGAAGCAGAGUUUUACGUGACAACGCCAAGCUUCAGGUAGAUCAGGAACGAUGCCACAGAAAACUGCGUGUCCUGGAAAAAGAGAGGGAGAGAAAUGUGAAAAAAAUAUCUGCGCUCAAACAGGAUAACGGCGUGCUGUUAGGAGACAUCUCUCACGUAAAGAGGGAGCUGGACCAGUACGUGCAGGUCAUUUCUGACCUUGAAGACUGUAACAGGAAAAGUUACUGCAAAAUUUCUGAGCUUGAAGAGGAAAACGAGAGAUUGAAAGGACACCUUGGGCAGCUCAGGAAAGCCAUGUCUGCGUGCAUCCGAAAAUCCAAAGGCGUGAUGGAGUGCAUCACCCUGGAAAACUGGGAGCUCAGUGCACUGAUUUCGGAGCUUGGGGUCAGUUAUAAAGAGCUGAUAAAGGAUAUAGUGCUGGGAAUAGAAGACAUGAUCCAAGCCUUCAGGGGGGAGAAUGAACACCUUCUACAAAGGAUCCAAGUCCUGGAGGGGGAAGUCGUGUGGGGGAGCAGCACAGAUGUGGGACCUUUGGUGAGAGCAGAGGAGUAUCUCCAGGGAAAAAACAUGAUGGCGGUGGACCAGGUGAACGCUGUAGAAAGGGGGGUGCAGGUGACUGAGCUUUCAGAGCAACUGACUGCAAGAGGCCCUGGGCCACCCUCGGAGCAGGAAAUGGGUCUGGCUGGAGGAUGGACGGAACCUUGUUUAGGCCUGGAGAAUUCCAGGUGCGGUGCUGAUUCUCCUGCUACAUCACUGGUCUGGGGAAACGCCGCAGGAUCCAGUGCCCUGCAAGGAAACACCGAUGGGGCAGGAGUGAACGAAGCACAUUUGGAGAAGGACGACAAAAGACCACGGUGUUCUGCAGACCAAGGGCGAGCUCUGAAGUCCCCACGCAGUGGCCCCCGGCUCCAGGACCCUGAAGCUGAGGCUUCCAAGGAGGACCUCAGGCUGUGCGUCAGACAACUGCGUCACCAAGUGCUGACCCUGCAGUGCCAGCUCCGAGACCAAGGGUCUGCACACCAGGAGCUGCAGGCUUCUCGGGAUGAGGCUGCCCGUCUCCGGUGUGAGCUCAAGGACAAGCUUGAUGCACUUCAGAAAAAGCACCAGGAAGCAAAUUUGGCUGUGACUCCUCUGAAGGCUAAGCUGGCUUCCCUGGUCCAGAAGUGUCGGGAGAGGAACCACCUGAUCACACACCUGCUCCAGGAGCUGCACAGACACGGGGUGGAGAACCACCAGCUCUCCGAGACGGCAAGCAACAUGGUGAAUGACGCGGCGCUGGCUGAGUACGCGGCCACCUUCCUGGCUCCGGGGGUCCCACAGACGAGCCAUCACCUGGACGUCGAGUCUGAGAAGACAACGGUUGUCAGAGCUCAGAAAUACCUCCUGAAUCCUGAAAUGGACAGUGUCCUCCAAAGACCUUUGCAUUCAGAGUCCUGGCCUAUUCCAGAGGCUGAGUGGCCAGCACAGACAGCUCAACUGGGUUCUUUGAAGCUUCCCUGGCCCUCGGGGCCGACGCCCGACCCUGGAAUGUGCCAGGCUUCCAUCGCUGUGGAACCAGGGCUCCCUGUACAACGUCUGCAAGAAAAAGGUGGAAUGUCCUGGCCUGGCCUCCAAGCUGAGCACCUCCUGCCAUCCCCCGAGCUCCUGAGCCCCGCAAGGAUCCUGGCUUUGCAUCAAGAACUUCGACAAAGCAUCUGCAGCACUUCCCAGGUCAAUAAAUCACCGUUGGAGUUAUAAAUGGAAUAGGACCACUUACUCUCUGGGGCCAUUUCCUAGACUCCGUAAAUAUCUGAAGCAGAACUUUCAGAGAACGUCUUAAGAAAUUGGUAGCAAUCAAAACCCUCAUUCAGUGGCAAGUGGCUUUGCCUGUGGCUUGGGGAUCUGUGUUGACUGUCAGAGUUCAAGAGAAAUACUGGACUUGCAAAUUCUUAGGAUCCAGCUUUGCAAAUAUCUAGGCAGCAAAGGGAAUAUUUUCUGUUCCAAAACCUACCGAGUGACCGGCCCAGUGGCUCUCCACUGGGUAUGAUCCCCCCAUCCCGCAGGGCAAAAUUUGACAACGUCUGGAGAAAUUAUUUGUUGUCACAGCUGGGAAGCUGCCACUGGCAUCUAGUGGGUAGAGGCCAGGGAUGCUGCUAAACACCUACAGUGCACAGGACAACCUUCUAGAACAAAGAAUUGUCCAGCCCAAAUGUCAGCAGUGCUGGGGUUGGGAGACUCUGCCCUGAUCUAAUAGCUCCUAACAUUGUCAGCUGCAGAGAACUGUUUUGUUAUUUUCCUGCCUGGGGCCCUUCCCCAUGUUUUAAAAGAUUUUUGUCUACCAAAGGAAACAAUUUAAGUAAUUAUCUCUUUCACAUUUUAAAACCUUAAAACCAGUCAGAACUUUCUGAGAAGUCCAUUCAUUCAACAGACAUUUGUGGACAUCUACUAUACACCAGGCAAUAUGAUAUGAGGGAGAAAGAGGUGAGUCCGCAUUGGCCCCAGGGGCUCACAGGGCAGCAGAGGCACACAUGUAAACAACUGACCGUGCCGUCAUGGUUAAGUGUGCUGUGAGAUGUGAGACAAAGGGCUUUGAAGCCAGUUCUGCCUGGCUUUGGGGAGUGGGAGGUCAUUCCAGAAGGAAUGGCUGAGCAGAGCCCAUAGACCCAACGAGGUAAGGUGUUCAGUACAUGGGUGAGGUGGGGAAGGAGGGAACAGCGAGGGCAAAGGCUCUGAGGAUGAAACUGAACUUUGGUGUGCCACCAGAGGGGGGAUGUGCAGAGUAGCCCUUUGCCAAGCCAGGUGCAAAGAGUCACUGCCUCAUCCCUACCCAGCACCACUUACUUCCUCCGGGAACAGGACCCUGCCCUGACCCAGGUGUGGGACCCAGAGGUAGAAGAAGAGUCAAGGGGGCUUGGGCCACAGGUGCCCAGAUCCUGUGCCCGGGCUCACCGAUCAGAGACAUCAUCUCUCUCCUUAGGAGGGGCUGGUGAGGGGCUUGUCACAUAAGGACAAGGAAGGACCAGGACAAGAAACCGAGGGCUCCCGGGGCAGUAGGCAAAGCAUAUUGAUUUUAUUUUAAUGUAUUUUAGCUUUGUAUGUGGAAAUGAAAAGCGCAAAGAGUUCCCACACACCCUCACCCAGCUUCCCCUGACGUUAACACCUUAUGUACUUAACCAUAGCCCAAGGACAGAAAUGAAUGCAUUUAUUUUGAGGAAAACUGGGGGGGGGGGCAUCAAGGCAUAAGAAAAGCACAUCCAUGAGCGAGCAUCAGCUCAUCAAGCCGCCAACAUCUUCAUUAGCCCACGGGACUAUCAUGGGUCAUCACGUCCAUCCACAGUUCCCUGGAUUAGGUUACCAAUGGGUCCACCCAUUCAUUUGUUCAUUAAGCAUUUAAUUUAACUGCCAUGUGAGCUCCGGAACCUCGGGUAGGUGCUGGGAAAUAAGAAUCCAGAAGAUGCCCAUCUCCAUCCUCCAGAACCUGUGAGCCCUGUGGCCCCAUCACACACCAAGGAGUCCCCAGGUUGGAAACCACUGCAGUCAUCACUUUCACGGUUUGAAUCAGCACCGCCACCCCAUAACUGCCAUUGUGCGGCGUCUUGCAGAGCUGAUCUGGUUUGCGCUCACCUCUUCUGCCCUCUCCUCCCUUUUUCCUGGGACAAUGCCAUCAGCUUUGAGCACCGGGAGUACGCUGAAGACAGGCUAUGAACCGGCUGAUGUCGGGGUGAGCGGCCAGCUAAGCCACAGGGCUGAGCCUGCCGGAGGCAGUCAAGGCCAUUUCUGGUCCCCAGAUUCUCCCACCAGGUUCAGACAUCCGUGUUCUGUCCCUUGAAUUCUCCCUCCCGCCUCUGCUCACAUGCUGGGCUUCAGCAGAAAGGCCACCGGGGAGAAUCCAUUAAAGAAGCCGCGGCAAUCUUUGCAGCGUGGCCCGAUGAUUCCGUGAUAAAUCACGUUCUGAAGCCAGGAGCCACUUCUUAUUAACCUGAGCCGUGAAUCCGCCUGGGGCUGCACUUUGGAUUCCUCAAGCUGGGUCACUGCUUUGUGCUGUGAUUCCUCCUGGUGACACGUUUGCGAUGGUGGAUGGUAGACUGCGGCAUUUUCCUUGCCUCGACCGAAGACUCCCAUCCUUGGAAGGGGCCCCGUGUUCCCCUGCUGCCCCCUUGGUGGGCCUGAUGGGGCCAGGGCCCAGCCUGGUCAGAUGCUCCCAGGCGAGGGACAGGACCUGCUCGGGCGACCGAGUGGGGACAGGCAGGAACCCAGCCCGCAGGAGCUGGCUCGGGCCGCCCCUCCCACCACGAGUGACCCAAGGCCUCUGGAGAUCAGCCAGAUGGACCAGCCCAGCUGCCUCUGCAGAAGACAAUUUGUCACACGGGGCUGUCAGCAAGCAGCAGUGGACGCCUUCUUGGGGGCGCCUGGCCGAGCUACGCAGAGAAGGAGCCCUGAACACAGUGAGAAGCUCAUGGAGAAUCUCACCUUCUCCAUUUUUGUCCUGUCCCCGUGGACCUGCCGGCUGCUUCCCUACAGCUCCCAGUGAGAACAAACAAAGGUACUUUAUCAUAGGCUCCCUGCACUCCCUGGUGACUGAGAACUGCUGCUGUCUCAGGAAAGAAGACAGCACAGAGGCAAGCACACCAAACUGGAAAAUAUUUACAUCCCUCCCAACUGACUAGCGGAGCCGAGGUGGCCCCAUGAUUUGCGAUCCCUUCCAGGGAGCUGAGCUACAAGCCAAACAACCAUCUUCCUAUUUCAAGUCACUCUUGACAACGUCUCUACUCUGUAUAAUACCAACCAGGGAACCAAAGAGAUGGCUGUUAACUGUCAGAAGCCCGUACGUAUUGGCACAGAGUGGCGGAAGGAGCCGGGGGCUGGAGUCCCAAGGUCCUGGCUGGCUCAGCCACUCCUAAGCUUUGUUCCUGCACGGAUUACUAACCUUCUUAGAAUUUCCACCUCUUCAUCGGUUUGAGGGGCCUAAAGCCUACUUGAGAGUUUUGUUCCGACAACCUAAUGAGCUCAUGGCUGCGAAAGUGCCCUGAACACUAAGGUGCUUCCCAUGUGUCAGGGAUCAUUGCUGUUGGUAAAGUGUGAUUCCAUCCUCUCUCACUCAUGUACUGACGUCUGCUCAGGAGGGCUGUCUGCCGUAAGUACUCAUUACAGUUCUACGCAGCUGCCACCCAAGAUGGGUGGUGUGAGGCCUGGCAGCAUGAUGGUUUAAGAGACAUCUGAGUAGUCAUCUUGCUAUUCUAGAGCUCCUGCUGGGCUAGCCUGUGCAAAACAUUGUAUGUGUGUGAGCACUUUCCUAGGGAGGGAGGCCAUGGAUUUCACUAGAUUCUCAAAUGAGACUGGGACCCCCCCAAGCGUCAAGCACUGCUAGUCUAGGGGGGAAGGACUCUUAUUAAGGAACCUGGAGACCCAGCUCUGCCUCUAACUGGCCAGUGACUCUGAGGCCAUCCCUUGGCAUCUCUGGGCCUCAGUUCCUCAUCUGUGAAAUGGGUGUGACAGCGUGCCCUCCAGCAUCCCUCCCUGCUUGGACCUCUGAUGAGUCUGUAGCCCCUCUGUGCGUUGAGUCCUCCGUCAGAGGAGGCUCGUCCCGCUGCAGCCAACAUCAUCUGGGUCCUUUCUGUGGGGUAGCCUCUGGUCAGCUGGGAAGGUCCCGAACCCAGCCUCCUUGCUUCCAGAAUGAGCGGAGAUUUCUUCUUUCCUAAACAUAAGUCACUUCAGGCCACUGUGUCCAUGAAUUUCCCACCCCCGACAAAUAACCAAAGCACCCCAAAGUGCCCGAAGUACUGCAGCCCUGUUUCUGCUCGUCUGGCCCAGCAGUUAAAGAGCAUUGUGGCCCAGUGGCUGCGCUCAGACCGAGAGGGUUUGCCCCGUCUUAAAGACUUCCCUGUAAACUGCAGGGCUGUGAGGCCACUCAUCCAGCAACCAAGGGGCUAACAGGGACAGCUGAAACCUUAGAACCCCGAGAAAGGCCGAAUGAAAAGCAGCCUGUGCAUGGUGCAACCUGAUUAGCUGAGUCCUUUCUUGAGGCAGAGGUUGAUGGCAGGAAGGCAGCUGGUGGGGGUGGGGUCUGCCCUCACGUCUGGGACCUCAGCAGAACCAGGGCUGGGCUCACACAGGUCCCACGACCCCUAGGACAGACCUCAGAGAGUUCCUAGUCUAUCGUCCUCAGGCCAGAUCUGGCUCACAGAUAUGUCUUGUUUAGCUUAUGUUUUUUGUUUCGUUUUUUAAUUGAGGUUAAAACAUGUGUCGCAUAAAAUUUACCGUCUUAACCCCUUUUAAAUGCCCAGUUCACUGGCAUUAAAUGCAUUCACAUCAUCGUGCAACCAUCACCACCAUCCAUCUCCAGAAGAUUUCCAUCUCCCCAGUUUGAAACCCUGUCCCCAUUAAACACUAAUCCCCUAUUUUCCCCUUCCCCAGCCCCUAGCAAGCUCCCUUCUACUUUCUGUCUCUAUGAGUUUGUUGACUCCAGGGACCUCAUAUAAGUGGAAUCAUACAGAAUUUUUUCUUCUGGGGCUGAUUUAUUUCACUCAGCGUAAUGUCCUCAGGUUUCAUCCAUGUGGUAGCAUGUGUCAGAAUUUCCUUCCUUUUCAAGGCUAAGUAAUACUCCAUUGUGUGGGUAGAUCACAUUUUGCUUAUCCAUCUACCUGUCGAUGGACAAUUGGGUUGCUUCCCUCUCUUGUCUAUUGUGAAUAAUGCCAUGAACAUGGGGGUACAAAUACCUAUGUUGUAUUUGUUAAUAUUGGAAUUAGCAAAUAACAUGUAAAAGCCAAGAGAUUUCUCAUUAAUAUCUGGAUUUCUGGCUUCUUUUGGAAAAAUAGUGAAUCUGGCAACUCAGGGCUUCUAGCUUCCUGGCCACACUCAGAGCUGAAUGAAGCCAGCCACUCCCUCCCCUACCGACAGGCACACAGCCUGGGGUGCCUCAGGCCCCCAAUCCCUCCUUGUCUCCUCCUCGCUCCCCACCUCACCUGCCUGGUCUGCCCAGCACCCUCCGGUUAUGGGUAGAAACAGAGACCAGAGAGGCACAGUGAGCUGUGCCCAAGGUCUCAUGGGCGGGAUUGUGAUGUGACUGCUGUCAUCCAGGAAGGCUUGGACUGGAGUCUGGUUCCAGCUCUGCCACUUGCCUGCCCCUGUGACCUUGACCUUUCUGAGCCUAAGAUUCCUCUUUCGGAGGGAAAUGGGAGAGACGGAACCUUCUCCGACAUCCUUACGGAAUCGUUGAGACAGAAAGAAGGGGAUGCAUGGUGACUGGAAUGUGGGGUUGGGAUAUGAGGGGCUUAUUAACAGCACAGACGGGGCAGGCAGCUUAGGGUUUGGGGGUCUGUUUCUUCAUCUGCAAAAUGGGAAAAGGGACCAUGCCUCCCCUACGGGCUUAUUCUGAGGAGUCACUGAGACAGGGAAGCUUAGAGCCCCAGCAGAGGGCUUGGCACACAGCAGGUGCUUCACACGGGUUACUUUGGAACAGGUGAGGGCUGCGUUCAAGGGCUCCAAGUCCCCAUGGCAGCAGAGCAACACCCAGCAAGAGAUGUGAUGUCCUGGUGUCACCGGGACAGCCUGGCUGCCGAGUCCUUCAGCCUGAUUUCAGAGCCUACCCUCUGCCUUUUACCUUCUGGGGGCCCUGGCAGGUCAGCCGCCUCUCUGAGCUGCAGACCCCCAGCACAAGGUGGGUGAGAAACGUAAGGUGCCUGGCACAGAGUCGAUGCUCAAUAGAGUUUAGUUUCCCUCCUUCCCUUCCCAAGCAGAAGUCUCUCUCAGGUGAAAAGUAUGGCAUGUUUUCCGAAUAUUUCCAAAAAAAAAAAAGAGGAAAAAGUGUAGUUUCUAGCCUCCCACUGGAGCUCUCCCGGGUUCGUGUGUUCUUGGGGUUGAGGUGUGUCGCUCACUGGGGUUCCUUCUUUCAUCCAACCAGCAUAAGUGCCAGGGACCGCUACAGACCUGGAGUUACAGUAGGGAACAAACAGACCAAAUUCCUGUUCCCGUGGGCAGGUUUUAUAUCAGUCAAUAGGUUAGUCGGCCGAUCAUCGCUCAUGAAGUUCUUCUUCUGAGCUGGCUUUACGAGGGGCCCUGGCUUCACCCUCAAGGCUCAUCUCUGCUGCUGCAUGUGCUUUGCCCCAGAAGGCAUGCUUGUCCUGAGCCCCUACUGUCACCCACUACUGGGUCUUUCUACCCACCGUGCUGUUUCUGUUACCUCGGUCCAUCUCAGAGUCCCUGCCAGGGGCCUCUGAGUCACUUCAGGGCCAGUGAGACCCUCCUGAGGGGAGCCGUCCGUCCCACUGUACCUGGGAAACCUAAGAGGCCAGGUGUGGCCCCGGCAGAGCCUCACCUCUUUACCUUUAGGCUUUGGAUGGGUGAAACGGGAAGGUGGAUGGAAAAAGCCCUUGGUCAGCUCUUAAGUUCUGCAUAAAUAUAUAGGAUUUGACCUUCACGUGAUGGAGAGAUGAGAGACUACCUGGUGUAGGAGAGAGAUUAGGGUUUAAAACAGAAUCACUGGUCUGGAGUCUGGGUUCUGCAACCUCUUAGCUCCGAGAUCAUGGGAACUUCACUUCCCCUCCUCAGUUUACUCACUUGGCAAAUGGAGCAAUAAAAUACCUGCCUUAGCACCUGCUGGGAGCGUUAAUAGAUACACUGCAUUAUGGGAAAGCACUUUGCAGACUUCAGUGUGGUGCAUACACUUUCAUGUCAUUAAUUCACAUCAUUAGUUAAAUGCACACCCAUUAUGUACCUACCGUGUGCUAUUAUGAACAAGGUGGUCUGUCUUAUGACAGUUCGGAAGAGGUAACCAGGCUAAGGAAGAAGAGAAUUGCUUGUCAGAUGGUUGUACUGCACAUUCAUAGAUCGUGAUUAGCAACAGCCAGCGAGUUGGCAUGGCAACCUUUCCCCAUGAACUGCUAGGCAGUGUACUUAAAAUAGGUUCACUAGAGGUGUGGCAGAAGCGAAGACACACAGAGUCCACGUGGUCUGAUGGCUCUGCCCUUCCCAGGCAGGCCAGCAGUGCAGUAAUUAAAAUAACAGAUCUGGAAGCGUCCAUUUUUAGAGCUAGAGACUUUAGCAGUAGCACCUUGCCUUUUCCCAUUUGAUAGGUGAGGAAACUGAAGCCCAGAGAGGUUAAGUGAACGCCCAUAGUCACACAGCCUCUUGAUGGCAUAUGGAGCCGAAUCCGGUUCUGAUAUUUCAUACAGGGUUCUCCAGCUGUGCCACGAUGCCCGUUCUUCUGAUUUGGAAUUUUAGAUCUGGGUCUGAUGCAACUAAUUUUCUAAUGAUUACAAUCCACAUGUCAUCACUUACCAACAUUUAUUUUAUCAAAGAAUUUUCCCCACGUUUCACCCUGGGGAAGCCCUGAAUCCCAAGAUAUCACGAAAACUCACUUACUUCUUAGCUAGGCUGAGAUGACUGUAGUUUAAAUCCACCCCUUCACAGCCUUCCCUACCUUAGUUUCCCAGUGUGAAAAUGAAGCAGCAUCGUUGAUCAAAAGUUUAUGAAUCUCUCUGUGAUGAGAUUACUGUAUGAGCUUACUUAGCCGUCAUUGCUGAGGACGGGGAGCCCAAAUCCUUUAAAAGAUGAGCUUCUUUCUUUCUAUUUGUGUUACUCGGCAAUUUGUUGAGUAAACUUCCAGACUCGAGUGUGGCUUUUUACAUUCAGGCUGGUAAGCUAUUUUUGAAGAGAUUCACAGGUCUUGUUUAAUUCCAGGGUGAAGUUCCAGGUCUGGAAUGAGAAACUUCUUGAGAACUCAGUCCACAUCGGAAAAUAGGGUGCUAGACAUUUCUGACAUAUUUUAAACAUCAGCCUCCUUUUCUGUAUUCAGACAGUGCCUUGCAGAUGGAGGGGCUCUGGGCUGGGAGUCAGGAGACAGGUGUGGCAUGAACCCUGCCACGCCCCCUCUCUAGGCUACCAGUAGAAGAUUGCCCUCUGUAGUGAUCAUUCUUCACCCUGGUUGCAUGUUGGACUCACCUGGAGAGCAGUUAGAAGUCCAAUGCCCAGCUCCCUCUCCAGGCCACCUAAGUCAGGUUGUCUUGCGUGGGUCCCAGGCAGAGAUCUUUAAAGAGCCCCCCAGUGAUUCUAAUGGGCAGCCAGGGAGAGAACCACAACACUAUAGCCUCACAGUCCCUUUUCGUUCUCCCAUCCCGUGUGUUAAUUAAAUUCCCAGAUGCCAUCGUGUGUUUCUUUUGUGUCAGACUCAUUUAUUUUUGUUCCUUGCUAGGAAAGAGAUGUAUCCUCAGAGUUGACAGGAAGAUAGUUCUCAUCUUUGGAAUAUUUUGGACCAUGCGUCAGCGUGGUAACUUCACCUUUUAAGCAGCUAGCGGACCUAUGAAAAUGAAAUGCAUAGCAUGCUGCAGCAUUCAGCUCCACUGAGAGCAGAGCUGGAUGCCAAGCACUUGGGGGCUGAUCAGGGCAUGUUUACACGAAAGUUCAGAUUAUACAAUUGAGCGAUGCAAUAGGCACACAGAGGAGAUUUCUUGGGUACAGUUGCUUGAAUCCUGAAAUCUUCCAGAAGUAGAUAUUCUAAGUCCAGUGUGAUAUAUAAAUUGACCAGUUGUGUAAGCAAAUAGAAACAGAUUUCUAUUCGGCGUUUGCACCAAUGGCCAGCUGGGUUCCUACCCGGCUCCGAAAUAAAUUUUUUGGAAAUUCUCUGGUACUUUAAUGGGCAGAGAAGAAGAAAGCCCUGGGGUUUGUGGAUGUAUUAGGUCCUCUUUCCUGUUUUGUGAGAGUUUCUAGAAAAAGAUAGUAUAUGCCUUGGAUCUAAAACUGCUUUUAAAAAGUCAAUAGGCUUAGGAUGGAAGGAUUGGGCUUGCUUUAUCCCGUUUCUCUAAAUCCUACUCUGGUUUCAGCAAGCACAGCUCCCGUCCAAUCUGACGUCUGCAUCCUUGGCAUAAAGGUAUUACAUAGAGUCGUGGGAAGACUAAUGCGGGAAUUGAUACCAUCAAAAUAAGGUUUGCUUUAAUAACGAUUUUUUUUUGUCUUUGAAAAACAUCAUCAGGCUAUGCCCAAAGGUAGACUGAUGAUACUUUUAUAUGGUGGUAGAAUAAGGGAAGAGAAAGACGAAUGUGCUGAAAACUCGGUAUCAACUCUAUCCAUAUUUUCUUUUUAAAGUAAAGUGAUAUAACACAUUGUUUGCAAAUAGGACAUUGAAAGUGAUGGGGACAAUAAAUAUCUAUGCAGCAAUGUUAUAACUAUUAACUCUUAGACUUUACAUCGGGACAAGGACAAGUUCUGCCUGUCAUAGACAUUGGAGAAUGGGUUAUGGGCCAGAUACCUGGGGUUCGAACUAUGACUCUGCCACCAACUGGUUGUGCAAGCUUGAACGGAAUACUUACCUCUCGCAGUCUCAAUGUCCUCCAGGGAAACAUUAGGGAAGGUGUGAGCCUUAAUGAGAGAGCACAGGUUUUUUUUUAAAAGCACUCAGCACAUAUUAGUGCUCUGUGAACAUUGAGAACCUUCCCUCAACAUUUUGAAAAUGGUCCAGACACAUUUCAGUGCCAUGGUGGGACAUGCACCACCAACCUCAGCUGGGUGACUGAGAUGAUCUCCCAACGUUCAGAUUUGCACAACCAACUUUUGCUGGUGAAGCAGGAAAGGGACUUGGGUGUCACUGGCAAAGGUGACGAACAUGGCUCGUGAGUUCAUUCUGGCAGAACCUCCCCGGUCUCCUCACUCUUCCAGGUUGAAUCCUGGGCAGAUAUCACAUGAAAGCUGUGAAGCACAGACAUCAGUUUGGAAACUGUGUACUUUCCUCCUGGAUCCCAAAUGCACAAUAACUAGACACCUUGCAAUUGCAUGAAUCUAAAAGGACUCCUAUAUUAUACAUCUCUAUUAAUCAACACCGGGUCAGAAUUUUGGCAGUCCAUGCUCUGCCCCUCCCCUCGGUUAGAAGCAUUGGUUCACAUGGAAGUGGUCUGGCGACACAGGCGGACCCCACUUCCUUUUGGAUGUUCUGCCGUGGGACCCUCCCUUGGGUCCUGGAGCAGUGGCUGUCCCCAAACUCCUGCCUGCAGUGAAAUGAACAGAGCAAUCAGUCCUCGGAGAUGCCCAUCAGAUUCCUGACCAGUUGUGAAUCGGACUCAAUACUCAUUUCUGUGUUUUCAAGAUUUGUAAUGAUUGCUCAAUCUUGUGUAAAAUAGGCUGGCAUUUUCUCUUGUUACCAAGAUGUAUUUUUCUAUGUUAGUUAAAUGUAUAAUUUGUGUAAUUUUGUACAUUAAAAUGUAUCCUUUUUCACAGUUAAA